CUAGCGUGAUUACAAAACAUUAUCAUUUUAAGAGAUGCAAAUGGCACAGAGGAAUAUAUUCCUUCGCUGGUUUCUUCCUUAGUUUGUUCUUUUCUUCUUUAUAUCUACCAUGGCUUCCUUACUACAGAAAGCUUUCGGCUCUGAAAUCUCUUCGUUUAUAUACCGCCUUUUUAUCUAUCAAGAUCAUAACAAAGGCAUUCCUAGGAACUUCAAGAUGCCAAAGAAGGGUCGACCACUUUCCUUGCAGACCGUAGAGCUGAAAGUAAGGAUGUGCUGCACUGGCUGCGAGAGAGUUGUUAAAAACGCCAUUUACAAACUCAAAGGCAUUGAUUCAGUGGAGGUGGACUUAGAGAUGGAAAGGGUGAGGGUAGGUGGGUAUGUUGACAGGAACAAGGUGCUUAAGGCUGUGAGGAGGGCCGGGAAGAGGGCAGAAUUCUGGCCUUACCCUAAUCCUCCACUUUACUUCACAAGUGCUGACCAUUACUUCAAGGACACCACCCAUGAGUUCAAAGAAAGCUACAACUACUAUAGACAUGGCUACAACCUCCCAGAGAGGCACGGCACCAUGCAUGUGUCUCACCGUGGAGAUGACAAUGUUAGCAACAUGUUCAAUGAUGAUAAUGUCAAUGCCUGCCAUAUCAUGUAAUUCAUUUAUACCUUAUUAUUAUAUGUGUGUGCUAGCUAAUGUGGAAAACUUUCAUGACCAUAUGUAAAUUAAUUUGCAGUAACUGCUAUGUGAAUUUGAAGAUGUUUUAACGUUCAUUAAAA